AUGAGAGACUCUCUAAUCAUGUUAUAUUCAAUUGGUAGAGGACAGAAAGGUUUCCUACCAUAUAUAAGCCUCGAUUUGGGUGCCAGCCGUUCUGUCGAUUCCCUCUCAUGCUCUGACAGUCCUGUAGUGAACAAAUGUUGCUCAACCCUCGCGACAAUUUUGAGUGAAAUUGCGGAGAUUCGACAUGAUGCUACAGAGAAGUUCUUUCCGUCGCUUUUGCUCUAUGAAAGUUGCGAGUCGGAAGUCUCCGACCAAUGUCGCCCGAUUCGGGAUAUGACGGAAUUCUUCCCAGUCCUCCUCGAUCUGUCACGAUUCCUUUCCAGAGUUACUCUGCUCUUCCGCAAUCUUCUCUUGCAAAUACGAUCUUUUCAUGGACUAGAAAGCAGCGUUCUACCAGGUGCCUCCGAGCGCAAACUCUUCCGAGCUUGGUCCGGACUUGGAGAACUACUUGCGAUUCUUCUGCAAGCUGAUAAAAUUAUCGAGAGCAGACAUGCUAUCCGAAGCGACUGGAACAGCUAUUGUCGAGCGAUUGGCACUGCACAACACAAUCCAGCUCAGUUUGACGUCACUGCCGAUUCCCUCCGUUCACUGAUUGCAGCAAUCGCCACUGUAGAAGGGCAAGUGAUGGCGGGAAAUGGGCUUCGAAACUGUUAUGAGCAAAGUUACGGUGAAAUCGAUGAUGACAAGCAUUUUGCCGCUCGAAUGCGUGCGAUUAUCGUCGAAAUGUAUAAUCACUGGGAGAAGGCUGCUGAGGGAGAUAUGCCUGACAAGCAUCGUCUUAUGGUGAUCAUCUCGCUUUUUGUCUUCUUUCAUCUACAUUUUCCUACGAAAGACACCAAAUUGCCAAAGCUGAUUUGGAAAAGUCACAAAAAGAUCGUGGCAUUCCAUCUUGUCGGAGAUAUCCUAUGGAUUCCAUGCGAAUUUCUUAUGCGCGAGGUGCCCUCCAUUGUGGACGUUGUGGACAAAAAGAGCAUCCAGUUUAUUCGACAUGUCAGGGAGACAUUCUAUGUCGAACAUUGUGAUGCUAUGCUAGAAGAAGCGAUCUCUAAGAUAUCGGCAGCUGAAGAGUGGCAGCUAAAGAUGCGCGCCGAAGAUCGUGGUACUGAAUCGCGAGAUGCCGCUUCAAGCUUGGUGGUGGCAGAAAUGAUGUUGAAGGGUGCACGAAUAGCAGGUGUGAUGGGGGAUUUGCUGAGAAACGUGCUGAAUUCCCAAGUGGGUGCUAUAAGAAUGUCUAAGGCGAAGGCGUACAAGAUGUUUAGCGUUGUUGAAAACAUCAAGGCGAUCUCGCAAACGUUCGCCGAUUGUCGUCGUAUGCUCUUUGAGUGCUCUCAAAUGGCCUGCCAACAAUGGCGAUGCCAUUCCUUAGAUCUUAUCGAGAGAGCACGACUCUCCGCUAGAGAUUCUGGUGAUACUCAUCGAGCUUCUGCUUUUCACAUUGCCAUACAGUGCUUACUUGGGUCUGAAUCGCGGCUGAGGAUAUGUGUUUGUGGCACUGCUUUGGAGAUCGGCCAGUACAAGGAAGCGAUGCGUCGUAUUGACUCUUCUCAACUUGAUGCCUUAUUAUCACGGCUAGAAACAUUUUGUAGAAUUGAUUCCAUUAUUGAAAGGGUAACCGAUUGCUCUUUCCUCAUUUUCCACCGCGAUCUCCUCACUAUCUAUUGGGACACUAUUCUAGAUCGAAUACCAGUGAGGCAAAGCAUGACGCGCUUCACUCUAGCCAUCUCGGACUGUAUCCGCUUCGUAGAGAAAUCCAAAAGAUCCAAGCAAAUGGAAUGUUUCCGCGAUGGCAUGGUCGAAUCGGUGAAGAAGGGAUUUUUGUUACCUUUAUGCGCUGCAAUUGAGAAUGAUCUGCGAGUGUUGUCGCAUCAGCAUCUUGUUGUGGAUGAAAGAGACAAAUCACCUCAUGAGAAAUUGGAUUUCUACAAGAAAAUAAUGUCUGAACCUGAGAUCCGACUACAUGGCCUCGUUUUUAACAUAAGUGAUUUUGUAACUUGUAACCUCCAAAAGUUGUUCUACGACUUAACUGCUGUUACUUUACACGAUCGUCAUGCAUACAGAAAAAUGGCGAUGUUAGCUAAACAGAGAUACGGUUUGGACUUAAUCGAUGGGAUGCUGCCAAACUGUUCAACGGGACAAAGUUUAGACGUUGUCGAAGUGAUGCGUUCUUUGGCGCAGUUUGUUACGAACUUCAAUUAUUGCCUGAACCAACAACUUUUCAUAGAAAAAACUUCUCCUAAUCGCUCACUUCGUGUACUGACGGCAGAACACAUGGCUGAUUCCUUACGCACUCAUGGAUUAGGAGUUCUCAAUACCAGCGUUAAUAUCACUUAUCAGUUUCUUCGGAGCAAGUUCACCAUAUUCAAUCAGUUCCUGCGAGAUGAGCAUAUCCACGCACACCUGCAGAAAGAUAUCCGAUAUUUCCAAGAAAAUUUGGAAUCACUGAAAAAAUUGUAUCCUCCUAGACGAGCGGAACAGUUUAAUCUUGCAUUCUCACAAAUCGCCACCCAAGAAGAGGAGCCUACUUACAUGGAUCGUUUUCGAAUUCUCAUCACACAGAUGGGCAACGCUCUUGGAUUUGUCCGGUCGAUGUCGUCAGCAGCUUCUGUAGUGGCGAGUCAGAUGAAAUCCUACGACACAGUAGAGGACGAAAUCGUGAUUCCAGAUACUGACGGAGACACUCCACUACAAACGCUUAAGGAAUUGCUCUCGGAUUUGCGCGAUCAGGCGAACAAAAAUCGCGAUUUCACCAAGAUGCUGGUUGACGUGUUCCGAACAGCCUUCAUUGACAAUUCGAAGUUCUCUCACUUGAUGGAUUUCUAUGUGGCGGUACCUGCACUCACUGUGAAUUAUGUCGAGCACAUGCUUGUCUGCAGAGACCGUCUCAAAAAACGGGCACAGCUUCACAAACAAACCACUUUCACGGAUGACGGGUUCACAAUGGGUCUGGCCUACAUCCUCACAGUGUUGAACCUUUGGCCUCAAUUCAGCACACUGAACUGGUUUCGAUCUAUUGCAAAGAAAUGCGCUGCUGAUUAUGAAGCACUCACCGAAGAGUUGAAAUCUAGCAAAGAUCCACGUAACGUCCACCUCAAAGCAGCUCGGCUACAAGCGUUUGAAAGAGAAUUCAAGUUGUUGUCGUAUACAUUCCAGUCGGCCCGGGUGUUCUUUUCCAUAGACGACGACGUUGAAUAA